UAAUAUAAUAUUGUAAUAAAUAAUAAUUAACAUUGAUAAUGUAUUAACAUGAUUUUAACCCAAAUGAUAUCGGCUUGAUGAAGUCUAGUUUGCCUAACAAUCAACAACUUUUAAGUGAAAUUAAUGUGGAUGGUAAUCAAUAAUCAAUAUAUUUGUUUUAUUCUUAUUUUUAUUAAUUUAAUUAAUUUAUUUAAUUUAGACGUUUUGAAUAUUAAUACAAAGCAAAACUUGGUCGACUCAACUGAAAUCAUACAAAUUUAUCCGCCAACAGAUUUGAUGCAUAAUAUCAACUUUGAGCCACAGCAAAAUGUAGUGCAAAUAGAUACGUUAAGUUUAGAACAAUUUCCCAAUGAUCUCGCUGUGAUGAACUCUAAUGUAUCUAGUGAACUUUUUGCUCAUUUUGCAUCUUUAGAGUCAUGCCAACCUUCCAAAUCACAAUUAAGUGGUUGUAUAUUUCCUACAAACCAACAAGGUAAUCGUCUAAGAUCAUUUCAUGAAAAAUAUUAUUUUAAAGAAAUUUCACUAGGAAGUUUUGUAAAACGCAAUUGGCUAUCAUAUUCUCCUUCUACCGAUUGCGUCUUUUGUAUAGUUUGUAAAUUGUUUGGAUUGCCAAAUGGAAAACAUGAUCAAUUUUCAAAACAUGGAACUAAUGACUGGAGACAUAUUUCAUAUAAAAUUAAAGUACACGAAUCUGCACCAGAACACUUACAGUCUGAAAUACGCCGCGUUAUGUAUACAAGUCAAUUAAGGGUUGAUGUGCAGUUAUUAUCAUCAUCAAAUUCACAGGUUGCAGAAAAUAGAGAAACUGUUAAAAUAAUUUUUGAAGCUUUAUUGUACUAAGCUCGGCAAAACAAUGCAUUUCGAGGUCACAGUGAACACUGGGGUUCAUCCAA